UCGCAACAUUUCCUAGUAUUCUCUUAUAAAACGUUAAUUUAUCGUAGAAAACGACACAAAUAAUUUACUCCAAAAGGAUUUUUUAGUGUAAAACAUGUUGAAGAUUGGCUAACAGGUAGUCAGUUCAUUAAGUGAUUAGCUGUUUCCUCACAAAAUCAGUUUAUUCAGCACACUGAAGCAUCUCCUCUAUUCUUCAUCUAUUCUAUGAAAGCGAAAAUGAAAUAUUAGUUGUGUGAAAGCAAGCAAAUGGAAUGCAUGUGGGCGGGGCUAAGAGGCAUGUAAAACAGUGCCAUCGCCCGCUGUUCUUCUGUUUGUUUCACAGUUCACACUGUGUUUGUUGUCUGAGACGUGAUCAGAAGACGCGGAUCCUCCCUGACAGCAUCAGAGAUGUUUGCCAAAGCCACAAAGAACCUGCUCUCUGAGAUAGACCCUGAUGGUACUCUGAUCCCCGUGUCCCGUCUGAACGACUCAGACAGUCUGGUUCCUCUGGCACUGGUCAUCAGGCGCAAGCGCAUCUGGUUCUGGCAGAGGCCCAAGUACCUGCCGACUGACUUCAAAUUAAGUGAUGUGCUCCUUGGAGAUCCUAUAAGUCCAGUUGUGGUUGAGACUGACUUUUUGACCUAUAGUGGCAAAGUCGUGGAUAACAAAGGUGGAAGUGUUGAAGCAGAAAUUGGGACCGAGAGCCUUAAUGUAGGGGGGAGCUGCUCAACCAAACUUCAGUCAUCAUUUGGAAAACUCAAGAAACAGGAGGUGGAUGUCCAGAAGCUGUUACAGAACUCCAAAUCUAGAGUUCUGGACCUGCAGCACUCUCUGGUUCAGCAGAUACGCGAGCAGCCCAGGGAGGUGUUGGCAUUAGUGAAGGAACGAAUCAUCACCACUGAUCCCUGCACAGUCACUGAAGAGGUUCAGGAGAAUGGCACCUGUACUGGAAUGUUUGGCUUCAAUAAGAAGAUAAAGGUGUCAGUCAAUGACAAAGGAAAGCCUGUUGUGGACAGUGACAUUAGUGUUUCUCUCAACAUUCCCCCGAAAACCAUCGUUGCAUACGCCGUGAUUGAGUUGGAGGUUGCUCACACUGGGCAAUAUGAGCUGUGUCUGCUGCCAGAUGUCAAAGGCGGCGGGUUUGAGGUUGAUGGGCCAGUGAAGGUGAAGAAUGCUGUCCCAAUUGAUACUUCACCUAUCAUAGCAAGCAACAAACUGCAGAAAGAGCUUGAUGGACUACAGGGCCAGUUUAAGGUACUGUCUGAACUCCCGGCCAGCACCCAGUCUGCUCUCUUCCAGCAGAUCUCUCUGCUCCUGCAGAAUGGAGCAGCCAUCAGCCUGCUAGAGAACGCACUAGAGGACCUGUGUGGUGGAAGGCAGCCUGAUCUAACCAUGUUUGAUGAGAUGCCUGCUCUGCAGACCACACUGAAGCUUGUGCAGAAGGUUGCUGCUGGAACCGAUCCUACCAAACAGCCAAACCUCUCUGGACCGCAGCAAAAUCCCACCAUUCUCAAGGCCACAUACCUGCUCAUCAGCUCUUUAGAGGAGAUGCCUGACUCUGCUCUGUUUGUGCUCGAAUCCUGCUGUAGUUAUUCAACCCUGCAGGCUCUGAUCCAGCUUGUGCAAAAUGUGGCUUCCAACAAGAACACCUCACUGAAGGACGAAGGGAUGGCUGUGUUAGCCGAUGAGAAGGUUUUCAAGAAAGUUACUGAACUCUUCGGUUGCUGUAAUGUGACCCUGCGUAAGGAGAAGGAUUCACUUGUGACAGAAAUCAGUAAGAUGCAAGAUUGCCUUCCUCUCAUGCUGUGCAUUGCAGUCAAGGGACUGGCAUCUAUAGCGCCCCUGUCUGAUUAGAGUAGAACAGAAGAGGAAAAUAAAUAUUGUCCAAUGUAAGCUAAUCCAUGAUGUAAUGGGGACCAUAGGGCCUCAGCAAUCCCUGCAGGUGGACAAUCAAGAUUUGUUUUGGGAGAAAUCACAUUGUCUUAGUAUGUAUUUUUCUGUUUAUCUACUCUCUGGGACAAGACAAAUAUCAGGGAUCAUUUUAGUGGCAUUUCAAAUGUUUUAUGAAUUAGAACAUAUAAAAAAAAAAAACUGCUUGUCUAUUAAUAUUUCUAAUUUGUAUUUGUUUUAUAUGUGACUGACUACUGAAGUUGAAGUACUAUAUUAAUUUAUAUUUACCAAUUCUUGUAAUGGUGAUAUAUUAAAGUGAUAUUCAUUUUAAGCACUUGAUAAUCCAUU